AUGCCAAAAUUUUAUCGGAAAUACAAUCCGCAGAAGCAUAACAUUAUAUCAGAAUGCAGAAUAUCGAAUAUUCCCUGUGAAAUUUUUAUUGAUAUCUGCAGAUACAUACCUCCUAUUGAUCUUGUUACGCUAUCAAAAGUUUGUAAGAAAUUCCGUCGUUGGUUGGUUGCACCAUCUAGCUUUGGAACAGAGCAAAUCUGGAGAACUUCGCGAUCAAUUUUUUUGCCAACGUUGCGGUCACCUCCGUGCGGAAUUUCCGAACAAUGUUAUGUAUUUUUGAAUUUGAUUGAAUUAGGAUGCCAGUUUUGUAGUAUUGGGAGAAUUGUUUCACAGGGAGAACUGCCUACGGAAGCACCAGUCAAGGUUUAUUGGAUGUUCAGAGUUCGUUGUUGUAAAAAUUGUUUUUUGGAACGAGUUAUAACUGCUAAUCAGAUUAAAGAAGAAAAAUAUGUGCUCGACGUAGCACUCUCGGGAGUGCCAUAUUUAGUGCAUAUUAAUCGCCCACACGUCUAUUGGAAAAAGGAUGUAGAUGCAGCAAUUCAAGAAUAUUCGAGAAUAGAUAAAAAGGAUCUCGUUAGUUGGCAGAAUGAAAAAAUCCGUAAACUAGAGAAACAUAAUAUGAUUACAGCAUUUUGCAAUGACACUCACCAUUUGAAACUUUUGGACAAAUUGCGAAGGAAACAAAGAUUGAAAUCAAUAAUUCGUAAUCUAUCAACGUUCGUUCCUAAUGAUGCUAAUAGAACGCAUCUAGAAGUAGAAGUAGAACUUCGUCGAUGUCCAACACAUAAAAAAUAUGCGUCUUCUGAGGUUAUCAAACUCUUCACAGAAGAUCAUUGGAAUCGUUUUCAAGAGAUAAUAUAUAGCGAAUAUAAUGCAAAACGCGAGUAUGCUGCUUUAAGAGCUAGGCAAUAUGAAUUAUUUUUGAAGGUAUAUUCUUUGAUCCCCUCAAAAUAUUCAAUGAAUGAUCCCAUUGUUCAAUAUCUUUGUCAUUGCCCGUCAUUUAAAAAAUUGCCAAGCCAUCAGGAUGUAAUUACACCUUGGGAUAAUAAUUUUUUGGAUACAGAAUUUAUUCCCUUACUUGCACAGGAAGCCUCAAAUAUUGCACGAAAUAAUCUUCGUAUCCCUCCAAUUACUACCGUGGACGGUAUGAAAAAACUUAGAUUGAUGAAUAGGUGCGCUUUUUUGUGCAAAUUAUGCAUUGGGAUCAGCUGCAACGAAGGAAAUGAAAAGAAAAAAACGUGUUUGGGCUUGUUUGAUUAUAAAGAUCUUGUUUUGCACUUGAAAAUUAGACACGCAGUGCAAAAAAUUGUGGAUAAAGAAAUGGUCGCGGUCGAUUUCUUAGAGAUAGGAAAACAGUAUUUGAAACGAAACUCUUAUAUAGUCUGCUUCUUUUUCCCUCUACAAAAUAUUCCAUUUAGGCAGUAA